GCAAAUUCAUAAAUUGAAACAAUAGAGGGCGCAUACGUAUCUAGUUCUUUUUGGUCGUAUACAGGCAAAAUGGGUAUCGAUAUCGACCACUCAAAGCUACGGAAAGUCCACAGAACUGAACCCAGGAGUGAGGAUAUCUACCUCCGACUGUUGGUGAAGCUCUACCGGUUUCUGGCAAGGCGUACAAAUGCCAAGUUCAACAAUAUCAUCCUCAAGAGGCUCUUCAUGAGCCGCACCAACCGUGUUGCUAUGUCUCUUGCACGUGUGGUUCGCUACAUGAACAAGACUGGCAGGGAAGGCAAGACUGCAGUCGUCGUCGGCACCAUCACCGAUGAUGUCCGCAUCCACAAGCUUCCCAAGCUGAAGAUCUGCGCCCUUAGGGUGACUGCCCGUGCUAGGGCAAGGAUCAUCAAGGCUGGAGGAGAGAUCAUCACCUUCGACCAGCUUGCCCUCCAAUCUCCCAAGGGACAGAACACAGUCCUCAUGCAGGGAUGCCGAACCUCUCGCAAGGUCUACAGGCAUUUUGGAAGGGCCCCGGGAACCCCAGGAGCACACACUGCACCAUAUGUACGCGCCACUGGUCGCAAGUUCGAGACAGCUCGAGGUCGCCGCAACCGAUGUGGAUACAAGAACUAAGAACCAGGAUACCCAGGGUUGCCUGCAAAAACACCAGUGUCAUCUUCAUUGUCUAUAUGUCUUUAUCAUAGCAUGAAUAAAAGAACAUCACAGAUACUGGA